AUGACAUAUCCAAAUUAUUUACUAAAACGAAAUAAAACAGAAAUUCUAAGAAAUGUAACUGCUAAUGUUGACCUAGGCUGUUUAGGUGUAAAUGAUGAUAUUGAAGAUGAGCUUCGUCGUAAAUUUGCGAAAUUGGACAGUUCUAAUGGUACUUAUGACAUUAAUGAACAAAAGAAUAUUUAUAAUGUGUGUUAUGAACACCGUUACAAACAAUGUUUUUGGUAUACUCCGAAAAUAAUCAAGAAAUUCUUAUCAGAAUCUAUGAAAUAUCAUAUAUGUCCUCAACAAUGGAUAUGGGAACCAGAAGAAGCCACUAAAUUGACAGUUAAAGAGGAAGAAUCACAUGGUGAAAAUGAAAAACAAACAAGUACAGAAAAUAUUUCUGAGUUUUCUCAAAAAUCUGCACUAACAAGGAAGUUCAUAUUCAACUCCUGAAUGUAUCUUCUGCUGUUGAGGCGCUUCCCUCAAAUCUUUCUACUUCACAUGAUUCCCAAAUUACAGAAAAAAAUUCCGUUAAAUAUACUAUUAAAAAAAAUAAUUAAGGAAGAUAGUCUAGUUUUACCAGACGUGUCUGACAAUCAUGCUUUGGGUGAUAUGAAAUUUUGUGUUGAAAUUUUUGAUAAGAUAAUAAUUCUAGAUCAACAAAUAACGCUCAGCCGAAUAAUUGUAGGGAUAAUUCUCAAUUAUCUGUUUCUACGCCUCCCCCAUCUGUUGAACCUCAUAGGGAGAAGUUACCUUUUAUACAAAGUAAAUGUUCUGAAAUAG